AUCAGCGCGAGCUAACAGAUCUGAGCGAGAUUGUGUAAAACAAGCUAACAGUUGCUAACGCUACAAAACACAUUUUAAUCGCGUUAACUUCAGUAACUACAUGGGUGACCGAAAACACAAAAUUAAAGAUCACUAAGUUACGUCAUUUGACGGCUUCUUCGCAUUUUUAACUCGUAAUGGCGGCAUCUCUGGAAGACCUAAGAGGUGGAGGGUUACUUUUUGGUCCCCCUGUCUUAAAUGGCGAGGAAGAAGAGGAGGAAGACUCACCUGCCGUUUUACUGAGUGUUUUGGUUCAACAUGGGCAAGUAGGCCUCUGCUUCUAUGACAGCGGGGACUCAUCUUUACAUUAUAUGGUCGAUACUCCUGAUAACUUUGAACUCCACCUGCUGGCCAAAGUCAUUCAGGAGGUUAGUCCCCACGUAAUCAUUACCAGUGCAAAGCAGGAGCGCUGCAUGACCCGGUACCUGCAGCAGCUGGGUUCAAACCCACACUACAAACCAGAGAUUGUCACAUAUCCAAAUGUUGACUUUGGUCUGGGGGUGGGGAAGCAAAGGCUACUCUCUGCCCAUCUGCCUCUCCUUCCUGCUUCCAUUUCAGAGAGAGACAAAAUGUCCUACCUCUCCUCCUGUAUCUCCUUUGACUCUCCUCUGAUGCUGAGGGCAGUGGGUGCUCUGCUAAAAUGUCUGGACAGGAGGAGAGUGGGAGUGGAGCUGGAAGACAGCAGUGUUGGAGUUCCGAUCCUACAGUUUCACGCCUACACGCUUAAAGGUGUGGUGUACAUUGACCGAGAUACCUACAGUGUACUGCAGAUCUUCAAAUCUGAACUCCACCCUUCAGUUUACAAGCUGCACUCAGGUGAAAAGGAAGGACUCAGUCUUUAUGCGAUACUGAACCGCUGCAGGUGCAAGUUUGGAUCUAAGCUGCUACGUCAGUGGUUUUUGAGGCCCAGACAGGAACUGGCAGAGCUACAAAGGAGACAGGAAGUGAUACGUUUCUUCACAUCACCUAAGAAUUCGGAUGCACUGAGCACGCUGCAGUCCUCAUUACGCGGCAUCAGAAACAUACCAACUCUUCUGCGCCGCAUGUCUCUCUCUCACACCAAAGUGACCGACUGGCAGAGUCUGUACAAGACGGUCUUUAGUGCGGUGUGCAUCAGGGACACAGUGCGACACCUGCCUCAGUCUAUUCAGCUAUUCAGGGAUAUAAGUGAAGGGUUCUCUGACGACCUCCACUAUAUGGCUUCUCUCAUCAGCCGAGUUGUGGAUUUUGAAACCAGUUUAGCAGAGAACCGCUUCACCAUCAAACCAAACGUGGAUCCUGCCAUCGAUGAGAAGAAGAGGAGGAUGAUGGGGCUGUCUGACUUCCUGACAGAUGUUGCCAGGAGAGAGCUUGAACAUCUGGAUGCUCGAAUCCCGUCGUGCUGUGUCAUCUACAUCCCGCUGAUUGGAUUUCUGCUCUCUGUGCCUCGGCUUCCCACUAUGGUAGAUAAAGAGGAUUUUGAGAUAGAGGGUCUUGACUUUAUGUUUCUCUCAGAGGACCGACUGCACUACCGCAGCCAGAGAACCAGGGAGCUAGACGAACUUCUUGGAGACUUGCAUUGUGACAUCAGAGACAUGGAGACGGCAGUAAUGACACAGUUGCAGAACACAAUCCUCGAGAAGAGCGCCUCCCUCUACAAGGUUCUGGAUCUCAUUGCUGAGCUGGACUGUCUGAUAGCUAUGAGCAGCGCCUCCCAGGAGUACAACUACACCUCCCCCAAGCUGACCAGCUGCAGGAAGAUAACGAUCACACAGGGCAGGCAUCCUCUGUUGGAGCUGUGCUCUCCUAUGUUUGUAGCCAACUCCUUCCAGAGCUCAGAGUCGGAGGGUAGAGUCAAGAUCAUCACUGGCCCCAAUUCCUCUGGCAAGAGCAUCUACAUCAAACAAGUGGGUCUGAUUGUGUUCAUGGCUCUGAUUGGCUCUGACGUGCCCGCAAAGGAGGCAGAGGUCGGUCUGGUGGAUGGGAUCUUCACUCGCAUGCAGAGCAGAGAGUCUGUGUCUUUAGGCCUCAGCACCUUCAUGGUAGAUCUCAACCAGAUGGCCCAGGCUCUUAACAACAGCACUGGCAACUCAUUGGUCCUCAUCGAUGAGUUUGGAAAAGGAACUAACACGGUGGACGGUCUGUCCUUGCUGGCUGCAUCGAUCUCUUAUUGGCUGAGAAAGGCUGCGGUCGAUGUUCCUCAUGUCCUUUUGGCCACUAACUUCCACAGCGUGCUUCAGCUGGGCCUGCUACCGUCCUCCGGGCUGCUGUCUCGUCUGACCCUAGAGACAGCAGUGGACGGAGAUGAGUUGGUGUUUCUUUACCAGCUGAGGGAAGGGAUCUGUCAGUCCAGCUAUGCAGCAAACAUCGCCACACUGGCUGGCCUGCCAACUUGCCUUGUGCAGAGAGGAGUGGAGGUGUCAGAGCUGUACAGAACAGGAAGGCCCAUCAACCACACUGAUAAAACUUCAUUGGAUGAGCAAGCAAAGAGGUGCAGGUUUUUCGUGGAAAAGUUCCUGAGCCUCGACCUGGAGGACAAAGACGUGGAUUUACAGAGUUUCAUGAAAGAUGAGCUCACGCCCUCUGCUGGAGAGCUGCUGAACAGCAGCUGAACUCUGCCGCUGCUGCAAACAGAUCUUUGCACCAUUGUGGUCAGUUUGUUCAUUCAUUGUUAAAUAUUUAGAGAGCAGGACUUAAAUGAGAUUCACCUACAGAAGUAGCUAAAGACAUGCACAAUACAUGACACGGUUGCUGUAACAUUUAUUAUCCUACAUGUGUUGCAAAUCUGGUAGCAAAAAAAAGCUAUUUCCUGUGGUUAAACACAAAACAUGAAAUGUAACACAAAAUAUAAUGGUUUUAAUGUGUUAGUUAAUAAAUGUAUUCCAAAU